UUUCGUUACUUGGAAAGAAGCAGUUUAUUCAGUGCCUGGGAAUUUCUUGGCACAUACACGGCGCUGCAUGCGUCUGUGCGGUUACUAUAACAACUCCCGAGGGUGCAGCCGCAGCCAGCCAGGGCAGCCUCCUGCGCCAGGAGAGGGGUGCAGCCGUGUGCUGGAACCUCCUGCUGCUGUCCCGACUGCGCUUUAAUUUCGGUCCUUUUUGGAUGAGGAUUUGUUGCUCCUAAUUUAUUCGUGUAUAGUUUUACAGGAAGUUUUUUCUUCUCGAUUUGUCCGUAACAAACAGCUUAUAUAUAUCUGUGUGUGUGCGUGUGUGAGUGUAUAUGGCAGAUUUGCAUGAACUGUUAUUACAUGUUGUUUUGAUCACUACAAAGGCCAUUUCUUUAACACUUCUCUUCUUUGAAAUUGGCAACAAUACCAGUAAUGGCCUGCACUGCAAGUAUCUUUGUUACUCCCCUUAGGACGUCACAGUUUUGAUUUUUUUGAACAUUUGUAACCCUAGCAGACCCCAGUCUGAAGCAGAGGGGUCCGGACUCCUCGUAGUUCCCAGGUGUCUGUUUCUGACUAGGACUAGUCUUUUGUACUUGGAACUAGUGGAUCAGCUCUAUUCAUUUCGAGACUGUUAUUUUGAGACUCACAGUGUUGAGGAUGCUGGAAGGAAGCAACAGGAUGUGCGGGAGAAGAUGGAGAAGACCCUGCAGCAGAUGGAAGAAGUAGUGGGUUCUGUCCAGGGCAAAGCGCAGGCUCUAAUGCUAACUGGGAAGGCACUGAAUGUGACUCCUGACUAUAGCCCUAAGGCUGAGGAGCUUCUGUCAAAGGCUGUGAAGCUGGAGCCUGAGCUAGUGGAAGCCUGGAACCAGCUGGGUGAGGUGUACUGGAAGAAAGGAGAUGUUGCAGCUGCCCACACCUGCUUCUCAGGCGCCCUCACACAUUGCAAGAACAAAGUCUCCUUGCAAAACCUGUCAAUGGUGCUUCGGCAGCUGCGGACUGACACUGGAGAUGAACAUUCUCGCCAUGUCAUGGACAGUGUCCGACAGGCUAAGCUGGCUGUGCAGAUGGAUAUCCAUGAUGGCCGCUCCUGGUAUAUUCUGGGGAAUGCAUACCUUUCUCUUUACUUCAAUACUGGCCAGAACCCUAAGAUCUCCCAGCAAGCCCUCAGUGCCUAUGCCCAAGCAGAGAAGGUUGACAGGAAAGCUUCCAGCAAUCCUGACCUUCAUCUGAACAGGGCGACGUUACACAAAUAUGAAGAGAAUUAUGGGGAGGCCCUGGAGGGCUUCUCUCAGGCUGCAGUCCUGGACCCUGCCUGGCCAGAGCCCCGGCAACGAGAGCAACAACUCCUGGAAUUCCUGGAUAGACUGACCAGUCUCCUUGAGAGCAAGGGAAAGAUGAAAACCAAAAAGCUGCAGAGCAUGCUGGGAAACUUGCGCCCAGCCCAUCUAGGCCCUUGUGGUGAUGGGCGCUAUCAGUCAGCCUCUGGGCAGAAGGUGACCCUGAAACUCAAGCCACUGAAUGUGCUGCAGCCUGGUGUGAACAGUGGUGCUGUGGUCCUGGGAAAGGUGGUGUUUAGCCUUACCACGGAGGAGAAAGUCCCCUUUACAUUUGGCCUGGUAGAUUCAGAUGGACCUUGCUAUGCUGUGAUGGUGUAUAACAUGGUGCAGAGCUGGGGAGUACUUAUUGGGGACUCUGUGGCCAUUCCUGAGCCCAACCUUCGGCUUCACCAAAUUCAGCACAAGGGAAAGGACUAUUCCUUUUCCAGUGUUCGUGUGGAGACGCCCCUCCUGCUGGUGGUGAAUGGGAAGCCUCAGGGCUCCAGCAGCCAGGCUGCUGCCACAGUGGCAUCCCGGCCACAGUGUGAAUGACCUCCCCUGACUUGCGUGCUAAAGAGGGAGUGGAGGAGAGGAGAUAAGCUCAAGGCACCCUGCAGCUGGACCAGACACAUCCAGUGACUCAACUGGGAUGGGGGGAUGUUUAAAAUGAAGACUUUACCUUCCUCUGCUCCGUAAGACACCUGUGUCUCUCCUGUCUCCCCUAUCACCAUGUUGCAGUUCUCUCCAGGGUCACAUGCUCCCCUGGUAUAUUUCUCCUGCCUUGUUUACUGCUCUCUGUUUUAAGCUAAGAGCAUGAAAUUGGUAGAAGUGUUGGGAUCUUGCCAUGGGACAGAGUCUCCAAGGUUCCUGUUCUUGCCUCCUUCUUGAGCCUUGUGUAUAUAUCAUUUCAAUAUUUAUUGCUAAGGGAGGGGGUUUAAUUUUUUAAUGGCCUGGUUUUUGAGCAAUUUUUAUUUUUAAAAUUUAGCUCCUUUCCCCGUCUAUGGGGCUGGAACGGA